AGGGGCAUUAUGUUUUCUUUGUAAGUUCUGUAUAGCCAAAGUCUUAGUAUAAAGAUAUUUACGCAAAGUUGGUGUCUAGAAUUAAUAAAAAUAUUCCCACCUCUUGUUCCCACCGCUGCAACUCCUGUGUAGCCAGGAUCUACAGCCUGACCGCCAACAACCCAACCAGAUAAGGUCAAGUUUGUCCUGGGGGAAAGUUAAAACAAUCAUUGACCCACAAUGAAAUUAAUCAGAACAACAUAGGAGGAGUGGUGUCUAGAAAUGUGUUCUUUUUUCUUCCAAAAAUGAUGUUAUAGGUCAUAAAACAACAUGUCGGAGAACGAGGAGAUUCCGGAGACGUCGGAAACCCAGCUCCUUACAGCGGAGUACAAAGAUGGUCAGCUGCAAAUCGUGGAAAUGAAUCCGUUUGAUAAAGUGGAAGGGGUAAACGACAUGCCAAGUUUGGAAGGCGAUAACGUACCGAAGUAUGUGCAAGUCAUAAAUCCGGACAAGUCUGUGAUGCAGCUCGACCUACUCAAUUUGACGCUUGUCAGGUGCGAAGACGGCUCAGAAUCCUACCGGCUGGUGUCUGCGUCGGAGAUUGGAGAUAGCAGCUCAGAAGCAACGGUCACGUGCGUUCUGCACUCCAGCGAUAAUGAAGCGGAGGUGAUGCUAGCAGACGCGGAGGCGGAUGCGGAUGCGGGCGCGUACGUGGUCAUGGACGGACGCCCGCUCGUGCUGUACGAGCAGGAGCCGCCGGAGCCGGAACCGGCGCCGGAACCAGCGCCGCAGCCGGUGCAGGCGCCGGUGCCGCCAAGAAAAUUGACGCCGAACGAAAUUUUGGAGAGAGCCAAAGCGUUACAGAAAGCAAAGGCGCAACUAGCCAGCCUGACGCCCAAGCGGCGCGGGCGCGGCCGCCGGUCCGAGCUGCCGCCGCCGCACGAGCUGCUGGCGUCGCCCGGCUUCAAGCUGUUCCUGUACUCGUGCCGCAUGUGCAGCUUCAAGUGCAACGCUGUGAAGGAGAUGACUAAGCAUAAGGUGCGUUUGACUGCGGUUUUUCCGAAAAAAAGUACCUUCGUACCUUCUGAGGGAACAAGAUGGCGCUGUACAUAAAGGUAGUUAGUGCCUUUAAAUCUCACUAGG